CUACGGGUAUAAGGCACAAGGCAGAGACCCAGAGGCAGAGACCCAGAGGCAGAGACCCAGAGGCAGAGACCAGGCAGAGACCAGAGCAGAGCCCAGAGGCAGAGACCACAGCAGGGACCAGAGGCAAGCCAGGGCAGGACCGAGGCAGAGACAGCAGAGACCCAGAGCAGAGACCCAGAGGCAGAGACCCAGAGGCAGAGACCCAGAGCAGAGACCAGAGGCAGAGAACCCAGAGCAGAGACCAGAGCAGAGACCCGAGCAGGGGACCCAGAGGCAGGGACCCAGAGGCAGAGACCCAGAGGCAGAGACCCAGAAGGCAGGACCCAGAGGCAAGAGACCCAGAGGCAGGACCCCAGAAGGCAGACCCAGAGGCAGAACCCAGAGGCAGAGAGACCAGAGGCAGAGACCCAGAGGCAGAGACCCAGAGGCAGGGACCCAGAGGCAGGGACCCAGAGCAGAGGACCCAGAGGCAGAGACCCAAGGCAGAGACCAAGAGGCAGAGACACGGGAGGCAGACAGCGGAGGCAGACAUGGAGGCAGAGACCCCCAGAGGCACAGACACCCAGAGGCAGGGACCCAGAGGCAGACACGGGAGGCAGAGACCCAGAGGCAGAGACCCAGAGGCAGAUGGUUUGAGUCUUUGA